AUGCGAGAACUUGUUCAUCGAUUGCUUAUCCUUGUGGUUGUCCUGGUGGUCAUGUCACAAGUGUCUGCACAUUCCACCUUCCACAUGUUUGCCCACAAAGAGUACAAUCACAUCCAUUCCCAUCCUGAAUCCAAUCACAACACACCACAUCAUAAAUGUAUGCAUGAUAAACUUUUCGAGGAUGAAUUAAAAUUACAUGGUGGGGACAAGUCCAAAUCAGAUCUUUUCAAGAAUUUGGAUGUUUCUCGUGGACUGACUCUACCACUCGAGCAUCGAACCAUUCUAACAGAAAAACGAGAGAUCAAAAAAGUUUAUGAUGUUUUUAGCCCAAUUCGAAUCCGUUUGGAUACAAGUACCAUCGCCAAUGAUGUAGAUUCACGAACCUGUUAUUCACAAGGUCAACAAUAUCAACGAGGAAACCCCUCUUCAACUAGUGUUGUUUGCAAUGAAAAUGCAGGUGUCACAACGAAUUGUUGGGGAACUUGUCAAAGUGGAGAUGUUGCCACCACUGCCAAACAAGCACGUGUGAUUAGUCUUGUGAAUACUGUGAAAGCUAAAAUUGAAUCUCAACUCACUACAAGAAGAUUGAGUGUUUUUACAGUACCUCCAACUCAACAACCUUGUGGAGCUGAAGGUGGUGUCGCUUGGCCUUCCUCUGUCACCUCUCCAAAUUAUGACACUUCUACAGAUUUGUAUAUUUUUGUGACCAUGAGACCAACAACAAGCACAACUGCUGCCUGGGCAACUGCAUGCAUUGUUGAGACUACCUAUCGAAGACCAAUAGGAGGACAAUUGAAUGUUAAUCCAGCAAUUCUAGAUAUUUACAAUAGUGCUUCCAAUGAACAUGUCUUGUUGAGUACAUUGGAACAUGAAGUGACUCAUAUUUUGGGGUUCAGUUCUUCCAUGUAUGGCUCGUAUGUGGAUUCUACUGGAAAACCUUUGGGAGAAAGCAAUGUCGUUGCGACAAGACAAAGUAAUGAAAAUGGAGCCACAGCGUCUCGAACUUUUUUCAUUCAUCCUAGUAUGAGAUCCAUGUUUCAACAAAUUACAGGUUGUUCGACACCAGUGGAUGUCCCAAUUGAAGAAUAUGGAAGUUCAGGAUCUGCUGGAUCACAUUUUGAUAGUAGAGUGUUUGUGAAUGAAUUGAUGGCUCCUUCCUUAGAUGGAUGUCAACAAUUUGGAAGAUCUUGUUUUACAUCCAUUGCCACUCUCACACUUUUACAAGUCACAGGAUGGUAUCAACCUAAUUUGACCAAUGCUAUUGAACCUACUUUUGGUAAGAAUAUGGGUUGUUCUUUUGCUACUGAUCGAUGUAACAAUUGGGACUCUACAAGAAAAGGAUAUUACUGCACAGAUACCACUUCAAAGAAGGUCACUUGUGCCUAUCAUUUACGUGACAAGGGUGUUUGUGAUAUUGUGACUUAUACGUCAAGUUUGCCAGCUCAAUAUCGGUACUUUUCAAAUCCAGCAAUGGGGGGAAGAGUGUCAUGGUUUGAUUUUUGUCCAUUCAUUCGUCGUUAUAUUGCUUGUAAUGACCAGACCAUGCCAAGACGUUCUACAGAAGUAUUCAAUUCGAAUAGUGCUUGUUUUGAAGAUGUCUCGUUUACAGUUGCGACCGAAAAAGAAAAGAUUUUAAGAAUUCGUCUUCACACUACUUCUCAAUAUGUGGAUUGUCCUGCCGAUCAAUCCUAUCUCAACAUUACUAGUUUCAAUGGAUUUAAGGGUUCCAUUGCUUGUCCUAAAUUAGGUUAUACUCUCUUGUGCGAAUCAAAGGAAAUUGCUCCAAGUACUGACGAUGGAACAGGACAAUACAUUGAUCCCUCGCAGGCAGGAAAUGAAAAAUCCGAUGGUACUACCAAUGGAAAAACAUGCUUUUUCAUAUUUUGUUGGGGAGGUAAUGCAAGUCAAACCUUUAAGAUUUGGAGUACACACUUCAUGUUGCUGAUUGGAAUUGUUUUGACCUUGCACAUGAUCUUUGGAUAUACCACGUCUGAAAAUUAA